AUGUUCGCCAAACAGGACAAUCGUCUCGUCUUCAGCUACGAUGCCGACAAACUCUGGAUCGAGCCUUGGGGCAAGAAUGCCCUCCGCAUCCGCGCUACUCAGCUGAACCAGAUGCCCUCGGAGAAUUGGGCUCUUGAGGGAUCGCCAGGCCCGUCCUCUGUGGUUGAGAUUGGAGAGAAGUCAAGCUCUCUGACCAACGGUGAGAUCAAGGCCGUAGUUACAGCCAAGGGCAAAUUGACUGUAUACGGCCAUGGCGGCAAGGUUAUCCUCGACGAAGCUGUUCGAAAUCGUCGCGACGUCUUGGACCCAAAGUGCAGUGCAAUCGACAGAGAAGCUCGUGAGUUCCAAGCUAUACCGGCUACCAACGAUUACCAUAUUAUCUGGCGCUUGGAGUCGCUCGACAAAGACGAGAAGAUAUACGGCAUGGGUCAGUAUCAGCAACCUUACCUCGACCUCAAAGGCCUCGACCUUGAGCUUGCACACCGAAACUCACAGGCCAGUGUGCCUUUUGCCGUCUCUUCCCUAGGAUAUGGCCUGCUCUGGAACAACCCUGGUAUUGGAAGAGCUGUGUUUGGCAAAAACAUCAUGUCUUUUGAGGCAAUGAGUUCCACUGUCUUGGACUGUUGGCUGGUGGCAGGAGAAACUCCUGCCGAGAUCGUUCAGGCAUACGCUGGAGUUACGGGUACUGUUCCUAUGAUGCCAGAGGUAUGUAUACAGGACCUUUUCUGUAGAAGCGGUACUGACCUGUGUCCUAGUNAUGGUCUCGGUUUCUGGCAAUGCAAGCUCCGCUAUCAGACGCAAGAAGAGCUUCUUGGUGUUGCAAGAGAAUACAAAGCCCGUAAUUUACCUAUUGACCUGAUCGUCAUCGAUUUCUUCCACUGGCCCCUGCAAGGAGAGUGGAAAUUCGACCCCACCUACUGGCCAGACCCUGAUGCCAUGGUCAAAGAGUUGAAGGAGAUGAACAUUGAGCUGAUGGUCUCGAUUUGGCCUACCGUCGAUCGAAGAUCCGAGAACUAUGAAGAGAUGGUGGAGAAGGGUCUAUUGAUCAGAUGCGACCGCGGCACACGAAUCUCCCUGGAUUUCAUGGGUGAUACUGUUCAUUUCGAUGCCACCAAUCCCGAGUCUCGAGAAUAUGUCUGGAACAAAGCCAAGCAGAACUACUUCUCGAAGGGAAUAAAGACUUUCUGGUUGGACGAAGCGGAACCAGAGUAUUCCAUCUACCAUUUCGACAAUUGGAGAUACUGGAAAGGAUCCAACGUGAGCAUUGGCAACAUUUAUCCACGAGAAUAUGCUCGUGCCUUUUACGAGGGGCAAGAAGCCGAGGGUCAACAGAACAUUGUCAACCUUCUGCGGUGCGCGUGGGCUGGCAGCCAAAAGUAUGGUGCUCUGGUUUGGAGCGGUGACAUUGCCUCAUCCUGGUACAGUCUGAAGAACCAGUUUGCUGCUGGACUCAACAUGGGCAUGGCAGGCAUCAGUUGGUGGACAACUGACAUUGGUGGUUUCCAUGGUGGCAAUCCAGAUGACGAAGCCUUCCGGGAGUUGUUCACCAGGUGGUUCCAGUACGGAGUGUUCUGUCCUGUAAUGCGUCUGCACGGUGAUCGCGAACCUCACCAACCUCAGCAUGGUACCACUGGCGGCGCAAUGUGUCUAUCUGGAGCUCCGAACGAAGUCUGGUCUUAUGGCCCUGAGGUCUAUGAGAUCUGCAAGAAAUAUAUGAGAAUCAGAGAGGACAUGAGAGAGUACACACGAAGUCUCAUGAAGGAGGCCCAUGAGAAAGGCUCUCCAAUUAUUCGACCCAUCUUCUAUGACUUCCCUGCGGACAAAAAGGCGUGGUCGAUCGAAGAUCAGCAGAUGUACGGUCCCCAAUAUCUGGUGUCACCCAUCUUCAAUCCAGGUCAACGCAAGCGAACAGUCUAUCUUCCUAGUGGUGCCUCUUGGAAGGCUUUCGAAGGCGGUGAGGUUCAUGAUGGUGGUCGCGAGAUCGAAGUUGAUUGUCCCAUAGACAUGAUGCCUGUUUUCAUAAAGCAAUAG